AUGUGUUCACAUUUGUCUCUUAAAGAUGGUUUCUGUAAAUUAUGUGGUAUACAAGUAGAAGAAUACACUCUAGUACUUCCUGUACAUACACCUUCUAAUACACUUAUUACUUCACAGAAGCAUGUACAUCUACUUAACAAAUUAUUACAUGGACUUAAUAUCUUUGAAUAUAAAUCUGAUAUUUUACAGGAAUACAAUAAUAAAUUAUUUAAAAGUAGAUUAAGUACAAAAGAUAAGCUUCUAUUAUGUAUUUAUAAAGUACUAAGAGACAUAUCUUAUCCUAUUACUUUUAGUGAUUUGGAAGUAUACACCAGUAAAAUAAGAAGUAAAUGGUUUAAAGAAUAUAAAUUUAUACCUUAUAACUAUGAAUAUAUAAUAAAUAUAGUAAGUAGAUUUAAUAAUAAACAUUUGAAAGUAGAUGUAGAUGAUGUUGUAAAUUUUGUAUAUAGACAUAGUAAAUGUCCUAUAGAUAGAGUUAUAAAAAUAUACUUAGAAAAAUCAAUAUAA